UUAUUAUAAAUGUGUUCAAUGUCCCAUAGGUACUAUAACAUCUUUAUGUGGAAAAUUAGAAUCCUUUUGUAAAAUAAGUAUUCGUAAGAAUAGCGUACACCAUAAGUAGUUACAAUGAGUUAUUUCUAUGCGCGUCUUAGGAACAAAGAUAUGUAAAAGUAGUCGAUAGUCUACGUAUAUUUUCGCUAUUAACUCGUUCGUGUUUGACCUAUUCUCGAUCUGCGUUGCGACCUCGAGUCCCAACCGAUAAGUCAUCGCGGGCGUGUAUUACGUGACAUAACCUGUAACGCUCGUCGAGAGGCCACUAUGCGGUCCUCCACGGCAAAUGUUCUCGCUCAGGUAGAAAAGCAGGCAAGCGGGGCGAGAAUGCACCUGGCCGGUGUGUCUUGGCGGUACACAAGAGAGUGACCUGCCAACCUGCCAGUACAGCGAACGGCCUGGCUGCGUUCACCUGCGCAAGGUUGCCUUUAAACUUCAACGUGCUUGUUUUUAUGGCACAACCGUUCGAACGUAGUAAAAACGAUUUCGUGUGCUGCAACUGUGUCCGUUUUCUCGUAGCCUUUCGUUGUUGGUAUUUAUUUUUCUAAAGACGUGAAUAUUAUUCCGCGCCUAUUACCGCGUGGCUGGCUACGUUAUAUUUUCAGAACCGUGCGUGACCCGUGAGAGCGCCACCACCGACACACACGCAAAUGCGGUGAUACAGGUCGACCCAACAGAAAUGGACAGGGAUCAUAGGGAACAACGCGAUCACGAUAAUUUAAAUGAAAACGAAGAGGAACGAAAAGUAGGAAUGGAUUUUCGUAAUUUAUCCCGACACCAUGGCGUGGAUCACGUAGCUGAUGUUGAAACUGAGAGGGAUAUGGACGUGGAUCAGAACGAUCGCAGUGAAAGUCUACACGAUGAUAAAAUAGAUCAAAGUAUUGGAAGAAAUUUAUAUAAUUUAGCGCAUCAUCCCGCUAUGAGAGACAUGGAAAGGGAUCAAAAUAAUCAUGUCGAUAACGUGCACGAUGAUAAAGUUGAUCACAAAAUGGGACGAGAUUUUCGUAAUUUGGGUCCUCACACAGGCAUGGUUCAUUUACACUCUGGAAUUGAGCAUUUAAGUAAUGUUGAUGUAGAGGUAAAAUUAGCCAGAGAUGUUCGCGGUUCCUUAGGUUUGGGAUUGUCUCUAGAAUUAUGUGUAGUAUGUGGAGAUAGGGCCAGUGGAAGACACUAUGGGGCGAUCAGUUGCGAAGGUUGCAAGGGUUUUUUCAAGCGUAGUAUUCGAAAGCAGUUGGGUUAUCAAUGCAGGGGAAGUAAAAGUUGUGAAGUUACCAAACAUCACAGAAAUCGUUGUCAGUAUUGUAGACUUCAAAAGUGUCUUGCGAUGGGAAUGCGAAGUGACUGCUUUGUCGUUGUAGCUGUCCAACACGAGAGAAAACCAGUGUUGGGUGAAUCGGCAGGGUCAAAAGUAGGAAAUCGAAGUCCAAGAGUUAAACCGGAACCGCAGCAACCGGUAUCCGAAACACCCCCAACCUGGGAACAACCUGAAAGCCCGAGUAUGGAAGACCAAAGUAGCGAUAGUGACCUCAGUGAUGCGUUAACAUUAGCGAGAGAGCGUUUACUUAUUUCACAUGCGUUGGAUAGCAUGGCCAAACUUAUCGGAGAUAGUGUGAACGGUUCGAGUGAACCAGAAGAAGAAUGGACCGGUCAGUUAAUUUCCGAAAGACACACGUUAUUUGAGUUAAGAGCUCCCAGCCCAGCACCCGCGUACUUAUCAAUACAUUAUAUUUGUGAAAGUGCUGCCAGAUUACUUUUUCUGUCGGUUCAUUGGGCAAGAGGAAUUCCAGCAUUUCAAGCGUUACCAUCCGAGGUUCAAACAACGUUAGUACGUAGUUCUUGGGGACAGCUCUUUACUUUAGGACUUGCACAGUGUGCAUAUACUCUGUCACUUCCGAGUAUUCUAACAUCGAUAAUAAAUCAUUUACAAGCUAGCAUUGCGCAAGAAAAAAUUACAGCUAGUAAAGUAAAGUCUGUCACGGAACAUAUAUGUAGAUUACAAGAUUGUGUUAGUUCGCUACAUAAAUUACAAGUGGAUUCUGUUGAAUAUGCAUACCUUAAAGCAUUGACGCUUUUCAGUGCUGACAAUGUGCUGGCUGGUGUUUGGCGCAAGAAAGUUGAAGUUUUACAAGAAGCUGCCUGGACGGAAUUACAGCAACGCGUGGGAUCGGACAGAUUACCUCGUCUUCUUUUAAGGCUCGCGCCACUUCGUUCGAUUAAUCCUAGAGUUUUGGAAGAUCUGUUUUUCGCAGGUCUUAUCGGCAGAGUAAGCGUAGCUAGUGUUGUGCCUUAUAUUCUUACUAUGCAAGAUUACAAAACUGAACCUGAAAGUCAUAUGGGGUGACAAUUACUAUCCGUGCAAUGUAGGUCGUGACCUAGUAAAGUGAUAUAUAUGUAUGUAUAUAUACAUUAUAUAUACAUACAUUACCGUUGAAUGCCUUGAAUAUUUUUAUACAAUGGAGAAUAAGAGAAAGUAUAACGAGGCAAAGUUAAUUUUUAUUUUUCGUAAAAAUCUUAUAUGCCCCUUUCUAAAGGUGUUAAAACUCAGGGUAGAUGUGUAUUUUAACUUGUUAAUCAGAUGUAAUAUCUAGUUUACAAUAUUUUGAUGUUUCAGAGUUUUUUUUUCUCUUAUUUAUUAUAAAUUCAAUACGUUUUGUACAGAACUUUCCACAAGUUGCACGAAGGUAAUAUUAACAAUAAUAUAUGUAUUUGUUUCUAAAAAUGAAGUACAAAAUGACAUGGUUAAUUACGUAUUAUAUGUUAUUAACUUAAAUUAUUUUGAAAAUAUAUGUUUGGAAAGUUUUGUACCUACGUAUAACGUAAAAAGAACAUGCAGGGCAAGUAAAAGCAAUUUAGCCCUUGAAUGAAUAAUUUUGUAUUGGAAAAUUCUGAUUUUGAAUGAAAAAAAGAAAGCAACAGUCUUGUAACUUUUUCCAAUAAUGAUUUCGGUUAUUAGAUAAAGGAAGAAAGUCGAGUCAAGUAUUGAUUAAUGAAAAUCAAAAUAUUAUUAUUUUUUUAUAGUCGCUGUUUUUUCCGUCCGUCAGAGAAGAAAAUUAUCACUUAGUUUUGAUACGAAUCAAAACUGAAGUAUACGUUUAAAGAAAAUAUAAAUGAUUUAAUGUAAAAAAAAAAGAAUAUUAACUUUACAUAAGUAUUAGUACAAACAAAUCGCGAUUUUGUUGUAAUUGAAACUAUUUCUUAAUAAUUUCAUAACUUUACUACAAAUAAGUCAAAACAUGUACAUGUUUUCCUUAUUUCUCCUAGAAAUUAAUCACGAUAAAUGAUGUAUUUCUAGGCUGUGCUUUAUUGUAGAUAAAAAAUAAAUGGUAUUGAAUCUUUAUCGUAAAAGAGUAGGAUGUGCAAUAGUAUAAUUGAUGCAACAUUCAAAAGCAGAAACAACCAUUAAUCAUAAUUUAUUUUUAAUGAGAGACGAACUAAUGAAUUAACUCUACUAUAAAUGUAUUAUUAAGUAUUAUUUACUUGAAAAAAAAAAACAAAAAAAAACGA